AUGUCCAUAUGCAAGCCUUACGAUGAUGUUGCCUGGGCAAUAAGCACCCAGCUCUGGGAGGACUGGCCAGAACUUCUUCGAACUGAUGGUGACAUCUACAAUGACAUCGGGGUCUUUCUUUCUGAAGAAUUCAGCGAUCUUGAGUGGACCUCAUUCGGAUUCCUCAACACAGGCGGUUUCAAUACCUGUUUUAAGAUGGAAUUCACCAAUAAUUGCGGCGCUAUUAUACGGUUCCCACUGCCCGGCGCUGUCAUGUUUCCCGAAGAGAAAAUCCGCAAUGAGGUCUCUACCAUGCAGUUCCUCUUGGAAAAAUCUCCUAUUACGGUGCCUUCCAUAUUCCGCCGGGGAGAGACAAAAGAGAGUCCCUCAGACUUGGGCCCUUUCAUUAUCAUGAACUAUAUUACCCACAAGAGAAGUAUGAGUGAUCUUCUUGAGAUGCCAGGACGACAAGGGGGACAACGUCCAGUCCUUAAUCCGGACCUCAAGCUGGCCAGGCUAGAAGCUCUCUAUGGAAAACUCGCCAACAUCGUCCUUUCCCUGUCCACACUCUCAUUCAACCGGAUUGGAUCGCUUGGCAAAAAUGACCAUUCUACGUGGGAAGUGUUACACCGGCCCCUAUCAUAUUUAAUGAACGAAAUCGUACAACUGGGGACGUUAACCCGAUCGAAAUUACCGAUCAGCACGUACGACAAUGCGUCGUCGUACUUUGAAGCCCUGGCGGAUCUGCACAUAUCACACCUCAAAAGCCAAAGGAACGAGGCGGACGUCGAGGCGGAUGUUGAAGCGAAUGUCUUGGCGGAUGACAUCCGGCGCAAAUUUGUGGCUAGAUUUCUCUUUCGGAAACUUGUCCGAGACAAGGAUCAGAGAAAGGAAUGGAUUUUUCAUAAUGAUGGUCCAUUUCCAAUUUGGUGUGACGAUUUUCGACCCGAAAAUGUUUUAGUUGAUGAAGCUGAAACCAUCACGGGAGUGGUUGAUUGGGAAUUUACAUAUACCGCCCCAGUCGAAUUUGCUCAUUUGCCACCUUGGUGGCUUCUUCUCAAAAAGCCGGAAGAUUGGCCUAAAGGCCUCGAGGACUGGUGUACGGAGUAUGAGAAGGCGCUUCAGACCUUCCUUGAGGCAAUGCGGAAAUGCGAAGAUGAGGCAACUCAGGAGAGACGGCUACUUGAAGGCCAGCGACUAUCAAAUCGGAUGCGGCAUAGCUGGCAGAGCGGAGACUUUUGGAUCAUAUACGCCGCGAGGAACAAUUUUGCCUUUGAUGCAAUAUAUUGGAAGAAAAUUGAUCAGCGAUUCUUCGGACCGACCGCAUAUAAAUAUGACAAUACUUGCGAUGUAUGGCGCCAGAGACUUCAUCUCUUGGAUCCUGGGGAGAAAGAGCUCAUGGAGGAAUAUGUGAAUCUGAAACUCAAAGAAAGGUACACGUUUCGUCUCGCUUGGGACCCUGAUGAGUACACCGUGGGGUGGAUCAAGAGGACGAAGGAGAUAAAAAGGAAGGAAGAGGAGGGGAAGGAAGAGGGAGGAGGAAAUUUAUACUGA